AUGGUAGCCUGCGUCGCAGACGUGAUCUUAUCGCAGUUAGUAAUGUCUGCGAAGUAGCUCCGAGGUUCUUGUUCGACGCCCCAAACGGACCUUUGAAUCAGUUAUCGGAAGGACGUUUGCAUUUCCCUUCAACCCGGACCAAUCACGGCGCGUACUCAAUCCUGGUACACAGCAGGCUCCCUGAAGAACAGUGACGGAAGAACGAAGAACGGCGACGGCAACGCGACAAACACCAAAAGCCAAGCCUUUUGGUAUGUUUAUUUACCGUUGUCUGCGUAAAAUUUGUUUUUUGCUGAAUGUGGCGAACUAUGAAGUUGAUGACCCCAAGACGUAGAAUUUUUCCUCCUUUUUUUUGAACGUCGAUGCGAUCAAAGUUGUUUUCGCUGUCGUCGCCGUUGUGAUCGCUUAAGCUCCUCGAAUCACAUCCAUUGAGACCAUUGUAAUAGAAAACAAAACCAAAAUAAAACAUCAAACAAAACAAAUCAACAACAAAAAGCAAGACAUGGCCUUUCUUUUUGCUUUUUAUGGGGUUGUUAGUUUUGCUCUUACAACUCAAAAUUAAGUCACUUCACAUCCUCUGAUUCAUUUCUCUCGCCAGAAGAAUAACGUCGCUUGAAACAAAAAUCGCGCAACAUCUUUGCGGAUGGAGCAAUCAACAAAUCAAGUAACACGAAAUUUCGAAAAGACACCUCAACUCAGUAGCUACAAUAAUUUCGGCAACACUCGAAGUUACAUCCCAUUUAGUUAAUUUUCACAAUUUAUUUCAGACCUACUGGUGGUUCUAAUGUUUUUGGUGCUGGGCGAUACAAGCCGGACCAGUUAACAGAAGCGGUAAGUAUUGCAAUUUCCCACAAGAUCACCCGACGCCUGCCACUUAUGUCCAGAAAUGCACGCAAUGGCGAAAAUGGCGAAACUGGCGAAAAAUCACCAGCCGCUGGCGAUUUGAAUUGGAUGCCAAAAGUGGCCCCUUGGAGGCUGGCGAUUUUGGCAAAAAUGGCGAUUUUGGCGAAAUUGGCGAUUUUGGCAAAAAUUGCCAUGCAUGCAAUGGCGAAAAUGGCGAAAAAUCACCAGCCUCUGGCAAUUUGAAUUGAUGCCAAAAGUGGCCCCUUGAGGCUGGCGAUUUUGGCGAAAUUGGCAAUUUUAUAAAAAUCGCCAUGCAUGCAAUGGCGAAAAUGGUGAAACUGGCGAAAAUCACCAGCCUCUGGCGAUUUGAAUUGAUGCCAAAAGUGGCCCCUUGGAGGCUGGCGAUUUUGGCGAAAAUGGCGAUUUUGGCGAAAUUGGCAAUUUUGGCAAAAAUCGCCAUGCAUGCAAUGGCGAAAAUGGUGAAACUGGCAAAAAAUCACCAGCCUCUGGCGAUUUGAAUUGGAUGCCAAAAGUGGCCCCUUGGAGGCUGGCGAUUUUGGCGAAAAUGGCGAUUUUGGCGAAAUUGGCAAUUUUGGCAAAAAUCGCUAGAGGGCUGGCGAUAUGUGGCAAAAUAUUCAAAUUGGAUGCCAAAAGUGGCCCCUUCAAAGAAGAUAACUAAAGAGGUCCUUAUAACUGCGAGGCAACAGUACUAAAAAAAAGUUCAAAUUACUUGCCUAAUAAGAGGCCCCAAUAACUGUGAGGCAACAUUUAUCAAAUACAACUGAAUCAAAUAUAUGACAAAACAGCUUUACCUAACUGUCAAACAACAUUAUUUUUUCAAAUACAACUGAAUCAAAUAUAUCUGAAAACAACAAAUGCAAGUCGUUUCAGUUAAGCUAAUAUGUAUUUGUGCCAUGUACUUCACAGGUUAAGUAAACAUUUCCUUACUUUCGAUGUCGCUUGACUUACCAAAAGUGAUUUGAUGCGCUGAAAUAUCACACUAGCAUCAUUUGCUUUUGUAUGGUUCAUUCCUUUCAAAGACUUACAAGUCCACUAAUUACUCGAGGAGAGAACUACCAAGUCCUUGAAAUCAUAAUAAUUCCUUGCCAUGGACACUCUAACUUUUGAGGUUCGAUGUAGACCUUAACAAUCCUCACUGGUUACAAUUCUCUUCACAUUGGUUCCAUUAAAUUGUGAGGCAGCCUUAAAUCAAAAGCGAUUGCGCAACGCAUGGUUCCUGGCUAAAAGAUGCUUUCACGAUAACCAGCUAGUGUGUGCCCUUCAUUCUUUUUUGGUUCUCCACUAUACACAUUAUCUUCUUCCGUCGUUUUAAACUCUUCACUUUCUUCUCGCACUUACUUGCUUUGCUCUUUAGAGAAACGGUCCCCUAAAAGUAACGAAAGCCGAAAUGUCCAGCACCUUGCGUGCGCCAUUUUGAAAUGUGUGAUUUCGCUUAUUUCCACUUUAUGUAAACCUGCACGAAAUGUCACUUGUGCCCAAUACUUCACCGCAUUUAUUGAACAUAAACAUUGGAUCAAAGCAAUAACUUGUUUGUCUCUUUCAUAAAACAUAUCCCAUUCAAACUAAUUCUGUAUCUUUUCAUCACCUAGAUAUAUAAAAAGAGAGUGUACAUGUUUGUCUCGUUCUUCAAAAAUGUGUCCCAUUAUUGCUUUAUGAGGUGGGGCCAGAAAUUUAGAAAAUGUAUUGUUUUUUUGCGCUGAGACCACCAAACCAAUUCUCAGUACAAUAUGUUUCCAUUAAAUUGCUAAUGCUAAUGCUCGUCGAAACACGUCACCCGGCCUUUUUACCUUCUAUUUUAACAAUUGCCUGAGAGUCCCUGUGAACGACAUUAAUCGUUUUGCUUACAUAGAGGAGCUAUAAACAUAGAGUGACCAACAAAGUCGGCUGGGAAUGACACUAAUCGUUUCUACUUACAUAGAGUAGUUAUCCAAAAUCGACUAUUUCAACAUGGUCGCCGCGUCUGUAUAACAACUACUAAACCUUAUACGUUCAUGUUCUGUGAAACUGCAAUGAACCAGCUCGUUUAUAUAUACUUGUACGAUUGAACGCCAUUAUAACAAACAGGAUGGAUAUACAAGGCAAUACGGACCAUCUAAUUAUCUGAAUGCGUAGCCAAGAACCAACCUGGAUUCCUCAUAACAUAUAAUGUUGAACUGUCGCUAUUCAAACAAUGCCUACAAGCCUGGAAAAUUAAGGAUACCUAUCUUGGAUUUUUUGGUAAGAAAGUUGCCAUGAACAUUACGAAGAUUACCAUUUACUGAUAAUUGAAUACAACUCGUUGGCCAUUCGAUUUGAAUUGAGCAAGAAAUUAGUUAUAAGUGGUAAUUCCCCACCGAACACUCUUGUGUGGGACGAAUUUCAAAUCACAAGAGGUUAUCAAUUAAAGGUAAAAGCAUUAAAAACAGAUUAAUGACACUUAGUGUCAUUAUUAGUAUACAAUUAUACUAUUGGAAACAUUUUUAUAUUAAUAUGUGGUUAACUAUUUGGCAAUUAAUAGCCAUUUCAAAAGGGACCCUUUGCUAUGUCAUUUCAAUAAUUAUUUGUCUUGACAAAUUAGGUAUUUCAUCGAGUAAUUGCCAUUUCUGCCAAAACACGUUUUAACAACGAGGCCAACAUGCACUCUAUAUUUUUUUUUUAUUUGUGGUUGAUGAAAAGAUACAGAAUUAGUGCACGCCAUUUUCGCCAAAAUCCUCACUUUCCAAAGGGCCCCUUUGCCAUCUCAUUUGAAUUUUUGUUUACAGUUUGGCGAUUUUGGCGAUUAAGCGCCAUUUCUGCCAUUUUCGCCAAAUACGCCAUUUUCGCCGAAAUCGCCACUUUCCAAAGGGCCCCUUUGCCAUCUCAUUUGAAUUUUUGUUUACAGUUUGGCGAUUUUGGCGAUUAAUUGCCAUUUCUGCCAUUUUCGCCAAAUACGCCAUUUUCGCUGAAAUCGCCACUUUCCAAAGGGCCCCUUUGCCAUCUCAUUUGAAUUUUUGUUGACAGUUUGGCGAUUUGGUGAUUAAUUGCCAUUUCUGCCAUUUUCGCCAAAUACGCCAUUUUCGCCGAAAUCGCCACUUUCCAAAGGGCCCCUUUGCCAUCUCAUUUGAAUUUUUGUUUACAGUUUGGCGAUUUUGGCGAUUAAGCGCCAUUUCUGCCAUUUUCGCCAAAUACGCCAUUUUCGCCGAAAUCGCCACUUUGCAAAGGGCCCCUUUGCCAUCUCAUUUGAAUUUUUGUUUAUAGUUUGGCGAUUUUGGCGAUUAAUUGCCAUUUCUGCCAUUUUCGCCAAAUACGCCAUUUUCGCCGAAAUCGCCACUUUCCAAAGGACCCCUUUGCCAUCUCAUUUGAAUUUCUGUUUACAGUUUGGCGAUUUUGGCGAUUAAGCGCCAUUUCUGCCAUUUUCGCCAAAUACGCCAUUUUCGCCGAAAUCGCCACUUUGCAAAGGGCCCCUUUGCCAUCUCAUUUGAAUUUUUGUUUAUAGUUUGGCGAUUUUGGCGAUUAAUUGCCAUUUCUGCCAUUUUCGCCAAAUACGCCAUUUUCGCCGAAAUCGCCACUUUGCAAAGGGCCCCUUUGCCAUCUCAUUUGAAUUUUUGUUUAUAGUUUGGCGAUUUUGGCGAUUAAUUGCCAUUUCUGCCAUUUUCGCCAAAUACGCCAUUUUCGCCGAAAUCGCCACUUUCCAAAGGACCCCUUUGCCAUCUCAUUUGAAUUUCUGUUUACAGUUUGGCGAUUUUGGCGAUUAAGCGCCAUUUCUGCCAUUUUCGCCAAAUACGCCAUUUUCGCCGAAAUCGCCACUUUCCAAAGGGCCCCUUUGCCAUCUCAUUUGAAUUUUUGUUUAUAGUUUGGCGAUUUUGGCGAUUAAUUGCCAUUUCUGCCAUUUUCGCCAAUGCGUGCAUUUCUGGACAUAUCUCACGCCUGCCCCCUGACAGAACGUUUUAAAUCAAGAUGGGACAUUUCACGCCAAAAUGGCUCGAUCUUGACAAUCGUACGGGAAAAUAGGGUGCCUGCACUGUAAACAGUGUUGCACUUGUAUUGAGAAGUCACUUUCCUCUUCGUCAAGGGUGACUUCGUAAUACAUGUUUGGCUUUACUGAAAGAGAUCGGUCUCUGCAAUAGUGUUCGCAUUAAACCUCUUUAACGAAUAUUGUUCAUGGUGGAUGUGAGAUUUGCAGGAAGACUGUUGUUACUGUAAUUGAUGCCAUAAUGCAGUAAUGGUAUUUUGUUCCUACACAUUUGCUCAGGGUAGAUUUUAGCUGUUGAAACCUGGGUUAAGAUGACAAAAGGAAAGAGUGAAGUCUGAAUUCAGGUUUGAAAGCUAACAAAAAUAGAAAACUCAGUUAAAUUCUUUUUGUCUACACACUGAUGAUUGCAUACUCAAAAAAGAAUAGAAAAAAUGUUUCUGAGAAAAUGCUUUAUGAAAAAAGAAAAAGAAACCCAGAUAAAAAUUUAACCCUGAGUUUGCCGUCUAAUCAGCCUUCGAACACUUGGGCCCUGCAAUGAAAGCGAUUGACUCUUUGUUAUUAAAUUUGACAAGGAUAUGUCCAACUGAUGUCCAAACGCAGUUAAGAUUUCGCCGAACGUGGGCCAAUUUUAGUUGGACUUUGUUCGAUGACCAACUAUUAUUUGCAGCCCUGCACGAUUGAUAAAAAUGGGCCUUGUUUGUUUUCUUACAUCAAGAUGAGGCUCUUUUUGCUGUUGUACUCUACUUGCAGUUUUGUAAUUGUGAGUUAAUCACAUCUGCUCACUCACUUUGUUGUGUAAACCACAGCUGGUGUUAUACACCUUCAAGUCUUCUGAAAGUCUUCUUAGUUUUAUCUCGCAAAAUAUAUCGCAGGUACGUAUCAUUCUUACUAGGUUACUCUAUUCUUACCUGUUGUAUGUUUUUACAAUAAGCAAUUAUUGAAAAAGUCUGGAUAAGGUGGUUUUUAUUUCUCCUUUUCACAAGGUACCGUUGCUUACCUUUUAACCAUUGUAUCUGUUUUGUAAUGUUUUUUUUUUUUAAAGGAUUAUUUUAUUAAGCGUAAAUGAUUGGUGAAACGGUUACUGAAGUCGGUUUACUUAACAGCAAAAGUGAUACUUGAUCUGCCCACCAAUGACAUAUCGCGAUUUUUCCACGUGCUUAACCUUGUCCGAUAAAUGCUUAUUGCUUGGAAACAAGGGCCGAAAGUUAGCGGUCUGUAAUAUGCCCCUUUAUUCUCAAUGGAGCAAAUCAGAACCGCCUCAAUGAAGAGGAGAAGUCGUUACGUCACGUUGCCAUGGUAGCAAAAUGUCUGGACCUGAACAAACCGUGGCCCAUGGCACAAAAAAAAAAACGAAAAAGUUAACAUGAAUUCCUUUCCUGUGCAUGAUUGCACUCAGGAACAAAACAGUAGCCCAUACUUUUCUUCCAUCGUUCGACAAUGCAAAUGGCCGUCCUUAUCAAGAAAGAUUGUUAAGAUCCAGAUCAUGAUUCUGCCACCAUGGUAACGUGACGUCACACUUCUCCUCUCUCUAGAGGAGUUUGCUUGCUGCUUGUGGUUCACUUACACUAACAUUGCCAACGUGACAUCACGGAAGGCCCUCAUUAGGCUUUUUCAAUCCAGUUAUUCCGACCGUAAUCCUAAACAUGCCUUUCAAUGGACAGAUUUGCUCUUGGACUGAAUACAGCCUUUGUUUACAGUCGACCGAAUGACAAAACGUCGAUAUCGUCAGUCUAAAUGAAAGGUGUUUAGAGCGCGUCUCCAAAUUAAGUGAUGUAUCGUUUUUCAGUGCAACUGGUUUGCCGAAUUUUCGUUGUCCAAUUCCCGUAUCACUUUCAUAAUUUCACGCUGAAUCUCCAUUUCGUUUCCCUCUAAAAUCCCGGAUCCCGACCGUCAAAUAAGCGGAAUCUCGGAUCCCAAAAAGCCUACUGAGGGCCCAUCCCGGGGGGGGACUCCCAUAUGAAAGGGGCGAGGAUGAUGGUCGGAACUUUUGAAUUAAACCCCUAAAGGAGACCAAUCUGGGCGUGGCCCAACCUUUUUAGACCCCUAAAAAACUUUGAUUACAUGAAUCGAGAAAAUCAAACAAAUUGAAAAAAUAUGUAUUUUUUAUAUUUCUUCGCGUGCAACCCUAAAAGAGACCUUUACGGCUAAAUAUAAUGGCGUUUUGCCCAGAACAACGUAAAUGAGACCAAAAAUUACACCCCUAAGCGUGACGACGUGCAUCCACGCCCCUUUCAUAUGGGAGUUCCCCCCGGGGGACCCUUUAGUUCGUCUUCAACGUCUGGUGCUUGCCGGUCUAAAAUUAAAAUGGCUUUACUAGAGAUUUUAUGACAGGCAUAUUAACAGCUUGUACUAUAAUAGCCAAACUUAAUCCUGAAUUAUGUAGUUUCCGUAUUACUGAAUUUCUUUUAGAAAUAAAUCCGCUUUUUUCCAUUUUCAGUUUGAGUCUGAUAGUAGCAGUGGAUGUAUUUUACUGUUGUAUUCUAUGAUAUUGUCCAGGUCAAUACGAAAGUAAGUGAUGCUCUAGUAAAUGAUAUUUAACCCUUUAAGCCCUAAUAUUCACAUACAAAUUCUUCAAACUAAUACUAGAUAUUUCCUCAAAGAAUUAGUUGAGAGAAUGUGAUUAAAAAAAUCAAAGCAUUUUCCUUUCAAUGAUCAUUUCCUUAAUUCUCAUAACCUUUAGUCUUGAUUUUGCAUUGAUAUCGUGAGGAGAAAGUUGAUGUUGGUCACUCUUAAAUGAAUAAAUAACAAUGUAUGAUUUAGAUGUAGCGUAUCCACAUGGUUGUUCUUCGUCUAUAACUCCUGAUAAGGAUUGUCAUUUAGUGCCGGGGGCCAGGCAUUUCCCCCGGCUGUUAUGAGUAUGACCCCUGCCCACUUUCUUAGGACACAAAAGGAAAUAGAAUCAAAGAACCUCCCAGCUGUUAAAUCCCCGCCUUCCAGUAAGUGCAUAUGCACGGUACAUUGCUUAUCUUGUGACUUACGUUGCAUCUCAUGCUGGCAUUUUGAGCUGAUCUUUGCGGAUCAGGUGUUUUAUUCCAAUCUUUGCGGAUUCUGGCUCCCACCCCCUCCCUCCCCUUUUUGGGUUUGUCCGUUGGUAAGUAUGGGGUCAGGUGAAUAUUUUCCACUGAAUUUCCUUCAGUGUGACGGUGCCAGUUGGCGGCUGCAUGCAGGGGUGGUUCCCGCUUGCAGGGUUGCCAUGGAUACCUCCUUGCUAUGUCUGAGGCGCUCAGGCUCCCGUCCAACCAUUAAGGCACCAGUUCUCAAGUUCAUCUAUUGGCGAUGAGUUUAACGGCAAAUAGUUGACUAGGGGCAAAGAAGUAUCUAUGUCAGUAGAAAUCGAGAGUAAGCCUUUGUGUUAUAAUUUCGAGAAAAAUAAUCUGCUAGUAUUAUAUUGCAAGUUUAAUGUAAGGGAGCUUCUGGUGAUUUUUAUCAAGUAUUUAGUGGCCUUAAACUUUUCUUGUUGUUGUUGUUUAAGAGUGAUAUCUGAUAUGGAUGAACCUCAAGGCAGGCUGAUGGGUGCUCACGGCUACUGCACGCAGGUUAGAUUUUCAAUGCAGUACCUGUAUACUACAAUAUUUUUCAUUUACGGGUAUCAAUCUGACGACGACGACGAGGAUGAUGAUAAUGAUGAUUUCCCCGACGUUAAUCUUAAAUGGAAUGGAUAGUCUUUGUAGGUUAUGCCUUCGCGUGCCUAUUUAUUUUAAUAGAAUGUUCAAUAUUAUAAUUUUUUUGUAUGUCUGCUAACACCAUUCUUAGCGCAGUUUUCCCAGGUGCGGUGGUAAGGUGUUCCCUUAGUCCCUUGAUGUAUCAUACAAGUGUUUGUUACUUUGUUUGGUUGUCUGUUUCCGUCUUUCUUUCGUUCUUUCUUUAUAGCUGAAAUUUCGUCCAGUUUGAGCUUCCUUUUCAUUAAUUGCAGAAAAAGUCUCAUUCUCGUUCUUAUUACAUGUAUUGUCCUUUACAGGAACUGGUGAACUUGUUAAUAACUGGAAAGGCUGUCUCAAACACAUUCGAUAACAUCAUGGAAGUUGAUACAGGGGGUUCGAAAAAGGUGUAGUAUUUAAGACGAUGUCAUGAAGGAUAUUUUUCAUCGUGGUUAAUGUGUUUAAAGGGUUCCGUUUAUCGUUUGUCCCAAGAUUGUCACUACUGAUCGCUACUUACUUAGGUCCUCGUCAGGCGAUAAAGUUGAUUUCCUGAGUGAGACUGUUUGUACCCCACCACCAUGGUUGUUAAUGAUUCGUGUACAGUCACCUCCGUUUUACGGACACCUCGCUAAUUCGGGACACUUUCUAUGGCUCCCUUAGUGUCUGUAUUCACGCGGUUUGGCUGUAUCACGCACCUAAAGCGACUUUUACUGAUAUGUGAAAAUUUUCCUUGUCAUCGGAGAAAAAAAGCCCUUACUUUUUCUCUUAAUUCAACCCGUGUAAUACGAACACCCCGUUAAUACGGACACUUUCUAUGGCCCCCUUAGAGUCCGUAUGUACGGGGUUUCACUGUAUCACAAACCUAAGACGAUUUUCACAUGUGACAGUUUUCCUUGUCCCUGGAGAAUGAAAGCCCUGAGAUUUUUCUUAAUUCAACCCUCUUAAUACAAACACCUCGUUAAUACGAACACUUUCUAUACCCCCCUUAGAGUCCGUAUGUACGGGGUUUCACUGUAUCACGAACCUAUUAAAGAUUAUUUUCAGUAAUAUGUAAAACGGAAUUACAACGAUUCAGUGUGAUACAACCCCAUCAUCUCGAGAAUAUCUGAAGGAAUUCCCCUUAUUCUCUGCAACUGCUGAUGCCUCUUAGUUUCUUUAAACAUUCUGUUUAAUCUUUCGACGUGAACGUCUUAUAGUAAGGUUUUUUGCUUCCCUAUAAAUGCUAACAUUUACUGAUUUUUUUUUUUAUUUUUUUUAUUUUUUAGAAUGUCUUCAAAGGGAUAGAUAAACAAAGUGAGAUCGGGUUUCUGUCCUUAUUUGAACAUUACAAAUCAUGCGAGGUUGGUGAUGAUUAGAGAUAUUAGCGAGCUUAAGCAACGGUGACGGCGACGGCGACGGCAACGAGGACGGGAAAAAAGCAAUAGGUUUAGAGCCUGUUUACAUGGAGGUGGGGGACCCCAGGUAGGGGAGGUAACCCGCUUAGGUCGGGUAACCCACCUCUCCAUAUAAUCUCCCAUUUUAAUUUGAUCACGUUUCAUGAUAGGUGGGGUGACCCGCUGCAUGUUACCUCACCUAUCUGGAGUCCCCCACCGCCAUGUAAACAGACCCUUAGAUUGGCAAAACAAUACGCUUUUUUGUGCAUUUCUUCGCCGUCGUUGCACGACUACAACGUGAAGGUGCCUAAUUUCACGUUUUGUCGAGGACGAGAACAUGCGACUUUCUUUUCCUGUACUUUGAUACAGUCCUUUAGAAUUCAACUACAAAAAAUUUGCCAACAUUUGACGAGUUAAACGAGAUGCUAUAAGCGCGAUAAAAUUUGAGGCAACGCGAAUUCACUUUUCAGGUGACUUUUUCGUAGUCGUUGUUGUCGUUGUUGCUUAAGCUGCCUAUUUCUUUGGGUAGAGAGGAAAGAAGGGGGGCGGGGGUGUGAUGAAAGGGGCCGGGAGGUGCUUACCCACUGUCACCGUCUUUAGGGAGUUUAAGCAGCUACGUUUUGAGCGACACAUGUCAACCGGAAGUGAAUUUUUUUUUCUAUGUGCCUUUUCUCUUAUGUGUUCAAAAUCACGGCUCAAGAGUGCAAAAAGUACACUUCCGGUUGACGUGCGUCGCUCAAAAACGUCGCUGCUUGAAUUGCCUUUUAUUUUUCUGCACACAUACAAGGCUGCUUCCUGUUCCUCCUAGUUUAAGUGGAACAGAACUCGUUGUUCUUCUUUAAUACAUUGAGGCAAACCUUAGGGUGGAGCUCCCGUCCAUAAUAGUGGACCUUGGAAAUGAACAGACUGUUAGACGUUUUCGUAGCCAUCGCCGUCGCCGUCCUUGUUGCUUGUUGCAGGCAUUAACUCGUCUGGAUAGAGCCAAGCUCUGUAGAUAGGCUGGUUGACAUACGUUGGUUUACAACGUCCCGAGUAGAAAAUAAAGGCGACUGAAACAAUCCAGAUUAUUAUAUGGAAAUCAGGCUUAAGGUUUAACCCUUUAUGUCCCACGGGUGACCAACAUCAAUUAUCUCCUAACAAUAUUUGUACAUUAUCAAGAGACCGGGUUAUGAGAAUUAAUAAAGUCAUCACUUAAGUGAAGAUGCUUUGAUCUUAAAUCAUAUUCUCUCAACUUGUUUUUCAAGGAAAUGUAAGGAGAUCAGUAUGAGGAAUUUUUAUGUUGAUAUUGGGGCUUAAGGUUUAACCGGCGUAUAGUUCAAAGGAGCAGUUUUGCUGCCCUGCAGAACAGGCGUUAUUUUUCACGUUUCUCAAACAAACUGCUGUGAUAAACAUAUAAGGAAAUAUAAACGCAUUUUUGUUUAUCACCGCUGUUUGCUUUUUGUUUCUUCUUCAGCUUAGAUGGCCAAACAACAUGAGUAUCUGCGAUGUACUGACAAAAUUCAUCAUUUCAUUUGCUACAGGUUGGUGUGAAUUACAAGACUCCCAAUUAUCCUAUUUGGGUGAUAUGCAACGAGAGUCACUUCAGUGUCUUUUUCUCUAUCGACAGAAACCUCUUGGACGACUGGUAAGCUUAUAAUGACUGGUAAAUGGCCGUAUUUACACUAGAGACGGAUUAUCCGUUGGAUAAUUCGCGUCAGACAGAUAAUACGUCUUAGUUUUGGAUGGACAAUCCACCUGACUUCAUCCAUCUGUAUUUCCUUCAAUUUUGACGGAUUUUCAAGAUGGAUUAUCCGUCUCAAACGGAUAAUCCGUCUCCAGUGUGAAAACAGCCAUUGAUACUAGCCAAUUUACGGCAUUUGAACUUAUCAGCCUGUUUUUAUUCUUCCUAAAGACUUCUAUUCUUUGAUGUUGUCACUGAAAGCCAUUUAUGUAGUAGUGAGGAGUUUUAUUCCCUCCGUUUUGUUAAAAACACUGAUGGUGUAAAAGGGAUGCUACGUCCUGGUCACUUAUAGUGCUUUACCGAAGCGUUAUAAAAUUACGUCUAUCAGCGACCAGUUUAUGAUGGUCGGACACCAACUGUAUGAAGGAGUGGGAAACUGUCCACUUACCCCUCCCCUAAGCCAACAUUAACACUUACUUCUCACUUAGGGCAAAAUGUUGGCUUAGGGGAGGGGUAGGUGGGCAGUCUCCCAGAAACGUAUAAUGAUCAGAUCAAAGCGUGCAACCUCAGAGGCAACGUUUUGGUAUCGAGGUUUCUCGGUUACUGACCACCUACCCCUCCCCUAAGUCGACGUUAACUUUUAUUUCUCACCAAGGAUAAAAUUGUUACAUAGGGAAGGGGUAGGUGGUCCAAGCUUUGGGCACCUCCAAGGGAAAUUGGACCAAGAGUACUCUUGUUAGACGCUUAUACUAAGCUUAGCAAGCCAUGAUGCCCACACGACCGAGGCUUCUCCCAGUCUCUUUAGUAUGAGAAACCUGGGUGUAAUGCUUUCCUCCCCCGCCAUCUCUCCCGCUAGGAAAGGAAACUUCUGCAUGUGGGCUAUCGCAGGGUUACCGCUAGCAGUAUGUCGCUGGGUUCCGUUAAUACACAUGAGUGAGGAGAGACAACGUUAAGGAAUGAACGCGAUGGCAGGGCUUGAAACCUGAACUACGGAUCCGAAGCCAGAGGUCCUUGCUGGCCGGAAGUCCUAGUCAUAAUUGUUGAAGCACUCGCGGAUUUCUUCGCCCCUUCCGCUUCAAUGUUUAUACAAAAAAGUCCAAGCAAUCUCUUAAAACCAACACUGGGAGAAGGAGACCUCAAGGGAAUCGGAGCAUGUUUUCGUGGAAUGACUUGGUUUAUCUUGUUUUUUCAAGAUUAUGAUAGUGAUUGCAGGAUUGGAUGUGUGGAUAAUGUGCUAUCUAACUGCAAUAUAGGAGUCGAUGUAGGCUCUAACGAUUGAUUGUUUGUUUGAUUGAUUGAUUGAUUGAUCGAUCGAUUAAUUGAUUGACAUACACAGGAGGUUAGAGAAGAAGUUUGAUCUUUAUUACUAUGAUGGUCUGGCACGGCAGGAUGAGGAGUUAAGAUUGACAGUUGGUGAGUAAGCAUUACCUCCUGUAAACUGCCAUAGUGUAAGCUAUAUGGUCUUGCCUGGGUACAUAGCUGUUACAGGCCUAGAAAAAAGAUACUUCAAGGUCAUGAAAAAGUCAGGGAAGUUAUUUUGAGUCAGGAAAAAUUGAAAUACUUAACAAAAACUAAGGGAAAAUUGAAAUUUUAAUUCCACGGGUUAAAUACCAUUAAUAUGGAAAAACGCAUUUCAGGUUAAUAUAAUCUCAGAGAUGUCUUUUGUUGAUGAAAUUACGAUAGCGUCCCUGUAAUAUGUAUGACAUCAUCUCAUUUCAACUAAAGCCUCCUUUUUCAUGAAAGAAAGAUAAAAAGGCGUUUUGCAAAUAAAAACAAGAAGAAAAAAAAGAAAAGAAAAAAAAUCAACACUAUGAAAGCGUAUUACAAAACGUACAUUUUAGGUGCCUGAAAAAGCCGUUUAAUUGUGGACGGCAGAAGACAUAAAACGGAGAAAAAAAUGGUUUCAAAAAUAUUCGGAUACGUGUGGACGGAGCCUUUAAGUAAUUUCAUCUUUCUCUUGAUAAAGAUACAACAAAAGAAUGCCCAGAAUACAAGGACACUGAUCUUGUGCCUCCACUGGAACACUGCAUACGAACAAGGUGAGACAACAGAGUUCAUUGUCAGAAAAGUGGACCUUUCGAUUCAGGGUUUUGAAUUUGGCCGCUUGGCACAAAAACGCCGUGCUUGGAGGCAAGAAACCUACUUGAACAAGAAGGAGAAAGUAAAUUUCCAAAUAAAAUAAUACAAGGUCUGUUUUUCUUGUCGUUCUGGUACGUUUCUUGCUCUCCAUCAAAUCGUUUUUGUACCCCGUCAUUCAUGAGUUAGCCUGCGUAGCAAGCGUUUCCAAUCGAGUUAUUGCGCGAAAGUUAGAGCGGAAGCAAAAAAAAGGUUCAUUUCAUUCAUUUUUUUUUGCUCUUGUCCCAGUUUUCUUGACGAACCUCGCGAGGAAACGCUUGCUACGCAGGCUAUUCAUGAGUUUGAAAAGGCCCAUAAUGGGAUCAUUCUUUAACACAGAGGUGUUUUUCCAGGCUCAUUUUCAACCGUCAGUCAAUGUGUCUGGUCAUUCAAAUUAAACCUCGUCAGCCCUACUCGUACUUUCACAUGUUUCCAUAUCUUGAGUGUAGUUCUAACUUUUAAGUCUGUGGAUGAAAUCCUCGCUAUGGUGUUACCAUUCAAAUGAAACCUCUUUAGCAAUACUUUCAGAUGUUUCUUUUAAUUUAGUAUGCACUGUUACGUUUGAGUCUGUGGACGAAAUACUACGACGUGAUCAUUCAAAAGAAACCUUUUAAGCAGUACUUUCACGUCGUGAUGGUAUUGUUUUUGCGUGUGGUGCCUAGUUUGUCGGCAAAUUUUUAAGGUGUUACUAUCCAAAAACCUAUUGCUUGCUCGUUAAAGUGGUUUUUGGAAUCUUUUUGGUUAUGAAAAGUUUAGUCGUUUUAGGAUUUCUUCUACUGACGCAGAAACAGGCGUGUUUGAUGUAUUUGUCGAUGUGUCGGGCUGAAUAAAAGCUAGAAAUAUUUUAUGCACCAUGAGCGGAUUCUCGCGCGCUGAUUGGUUGAGAGCUUUGUUCGAACAGAGUGCAUACCAUGGAAAUAACGUCAUGAUGGCGCAAUUUGUUUUUCUCUUUCUCUCGCGCGCGAUUUUCCGAGAAACCUCAACGUGAAUGGACGCCAAAAACUGGCAAUGUUAUUGUAAGAAACAAAUCGGCAACAAUUUUCUAUGGUAUGUACUCUUGUCUACAAUAUAAAUGACGUAAAAAUGUUCAAAACUUUGCAAUGAAACCGCGGCUCCUGGUUCCACUUGAGUUUUGAACAUUGUGACGUCAUUUCUAUGGUAGAUAAGUUUACAGACCAAGGAUUGUUAAAACCAGCUUGUAACAUGACACAGAACGCAAUAGUUGGCAUACGAUAAUUCAGCGUCCUUGUCCUAAGAUAGUGGUAAACUAUUAAACCCUUGUGUAUUUUUUUUACUUAUCGCACAGGUGGAAGAAUGCUGUCAUAGACUGGAAUGGAUCGGAACCUAUCUUAUGA